CGUGACAAAGACAUACACCUUACACGUACGCCUGCUCACUGCUCAGCUCACACAGGAAGAAGCAGCUAGCUAGCCUGCUUCCAUACGUGCAAGGGUCUCUCGAUUCUCUCCCUGCUUCGAUCGGCAGGGCACGUACUGCACGGCUCCCCGGGCAACAACCAGUCUUCGCCAUGGCGACGGGGUUAGGAGUCCUCACGAAGUCCGUGCUGCUGGUGCUGGCGCCGGUGCUCAUCUCCGUGGUGCUGUACAGCCCCAAAGACUUCUCGCCUGCGGCGAUGCCGCCCGAGUACAGUUUCGGCGCCGACGACGUGUCCGUGCCCGCGUCGCGGCACGACGCGCGCGCUCUGGACACGAGCGAGCGGGUCGGCGAAGGGCUGCUCCCGGGCCCCGAGGACCUGGCGUACGACGCCGCCGGCGGGUGGCUCUACACGGGGUGCGCCGACGGGUGGGUCCGGCGGGUCAGCAUGCCCGGCGGGGCCGUGGAGGACUGGGCGUACACCGGGGGCCGCCCGCUUGGCGUCGUACUCGCCGGCGACGGCGGCCUCAUCGUGGCGGACGCGGACAAGGGGUUGUUGAAGGUGAGCCCGGAUAGGGAGGUGGAGCUACUCACGGACGCAGCCGAGGGCUUCCGGUUUGCGCUGACCGACGGCGUGGACGUGGCUGCCGACGGCAUCAUCUACUUCACCGACGCGUCCUACAAGCACAGCCUCGCAGAGUUCAUGCUGGACAUCCUCGAGGCACGCCCCCACGGUCGGCUCAUGAAAUUCGACCCCUCCACGCGUCAGACCACCGUGUUGGCGCGCGAUUUCUAUUUUUCCAAUGGCGUCGCCCUUGCGCCCGAUCAGAGCUCCCUCAUCUUCUGCGAGACUGUCAUGAGGAGGUGCUCGAGGUACCACAUAAGGGGCGACAAGGCCGGCACGGUGGAGAGGUUCAUCGAUCGUUUGCCUGGGUUUCCCGACAACGUCCGCUACGACGGCGACGGCCGCUACUGGAUCGCGCUCUCCGCGGGGAGAACACUGCAAUGGGACGUGAUGAUGGGGUCGCCGCUACUGCGGAAGCUGGUGUACUUGGUGGACAAGUAUGUGGUGAUGGUGCCAAAGAGCCUGGAACGUGCGGGGACAAUAAGCGUGACGCUAGACGGGACCCCGGUAACCAUGUAUUCCGACCCCGGUCUCGCGCUCUCCACCGUCUGGCUCAAGGUCGGAGAUUACCUCUACUAUGGAUCGCUCCACAGCUCCUACAUCAGCAGGAUUGACCUCACAAAGUCAUCCAUUGAGGCCUAGGUGUGCUCGGUUGUUUCUUCCGGAUAUGAUAGCGAACUUUGUGUGUGAUUUCUUUGCAAGCAAAAUAGGCGCAGUUUUUUGUACUAUACAACACAACACGCAUUAUGAAAGUGUGGAUCACUUUUCACCAUUUGAGGUUAUAGAAACUCUUUGACGACGCAAAA